AGCCAGAUCUUCAUCAUUGCACUAAAGUACCAAUCCUCUCCAUACCACCAAUAUAAAUAAUUUAACUUAUGGAAUUCAACUUCCCGAUACAUACUGGGGCGAGCAAAUGGCUGUAUCCCAUUGGUCUUGGAGACGAGGGAAAGAUAAGGUUGGAAAAUUCACAGAAUAGACAGGGGCAUAGGAUCAGGAUAUAACAUAUCCCACCAGGUGUACCUAUGUAUGCAUGAACCAUCUAUGGGUAGUCCACCCGCACAAGUAAUUGCGUGCUGCGGAGCACAUCACUGUACCCGCGCUGGAAUGUAUAUAUGUACAUGGGGUUUCCGUUGUACUGGUGAAUCUCGGUUUUUGCUUUUGUUCAACCGAUAGGAAUUGUCCUGAGGGUUAUAAUGUGAUUUGAUACAUUUUCGUACAAUUCAGAGACUAUUUCAUAUAUUUCAUUUGACGGCCUGGAUGCAUGAGUAUAUCGUCAUACGUGCGUUUUAUAUCUUUUCGAGGUUCCCCGUUUGUGAUCCCAGUUUUUGAGCUGGAGUGUUCUCCGUGCACACGGGAAAUACAAUUGAUCAGUCGCUAUUUCGACAAUGCCGCACAUGGCGUCAUCGCAGCCUUUAGAUGAUGAGAAGAUCACUGUCGAAAGAGACGGAAACUAUGGGAAUUCAGCUGGAAAAAUAAAUGCCAAUGAAAAGGGAAAUGGGAACGACAGUGAGGUUUCUGAUGAGUCGUUUGCGAACCCAAUGGGCUUGGAUGAGAAGGCGUUGAUUAGGAAGCUGGAUUGGAAGUUAUUACCUGCUCUCACAUUGCUUUAUUUGUUGAGCUUUUUGGACAGGAGUAAUAGUAUGUUUUUCUCUAAUUCUUCAUUGAAUUGUUUCGAGUUUUUAGAUGGAUUGGAAAUGUGGAAUUGGAAAUGGAAUUUCAGAUGAUGCUGACCAUAAUCGAAACAAACAGUUGGAAAUGCGAAAUUGGAUGGAUUAACGAAGAGUUUGCACAUCACCGGAAAUCAAUACUUAUUAACAUUGACCAUCUAUUUCAUCGGAUACGUCCUCUUCGAAGUACCUUGCAAUAUCAUACUUAAGCGCACAACACCCAAAAUAUGGCUUCCAACUCUUAUGCUUCUCUGGGGAAUUGUCGCGACCUUGAUGGGAAUUUCUACAAGCUAUGCAGGAUUCCUGGCUGCUAGAUUUUUCUUGGGUGUUACGGAAAGUGGAUUGUUCCCUGGUGUAGUGUUUUACUUAUCAAUGUGGUAUAAGAGGACGGAAACACAUUAUCGAAUUGCCUUAUUCUUUUCUGCGGCUUCGUUGGCGGGAGCUUUUGGAGGAAUCUUGGCUUAUGGAAUUGGAUUUAUGGACGGAGUUGGGGGAUUGAAGGGGUGGAGGUGGAUUUUUAUUAUUGUAAGAUGUUCUAUCACCUUAUCUUUAAUAAACUGUGCUAACAAAUACACAGGAAGGACUUUUGACUGUCGUCGUCUCUCUCGUUGCCUACUUCUUCAUCCACAAUUAUCCUUCAACGGCUCCAUUUCUUACUGAACCCGAACGCUCAUUCAUUCAUGCGCGCCUCAAAUCAUCUACAGAUGCAACGAACACAGAGCCCUUUACCUGGACUAACGUCCGCGCCGCAUUUGGAGAUUACAAAUGCUGGCUCUAUAGCCUUGGCUUCCACACCAUGUCUCUACCCCUCUACACCCUUUCCCUCUUCUUCCCAACCAUCAUUUCAGCCCUCGGCUACAAAGCCGCCACCGCACAGCUCCUCACAGUCCCCCCUUACGCAUUCGCCACCAUCCUCACAUUAAUCAUCGCAAUCCUCUCAGAGAAAACCCAAAAACGCGCCCCUUUCAUCUUAUUCUCCUCCUGUUUCGCAAUCAUCGGCUACAUAAUCCUUCUCGCCACUCCCAACACCAAACCUGGCAUCUCUUACCUCGGCACCUUUUUCGCAGCAGGCGGAAUAUACCCCAGCACAGCCAUCAUUCUCUCCUGGCCAGCGGCAAAUGUAAGCGGACAGACCAAACGCGCCACGGCUACUGCGAUGACGAUCACGAUUGGUAAUUUGGGAGCAGUACUCGGUACGCAGUUGUAUAGGCCGGCGACGAGUCCGAGGUGGUUUUUGGGUCAUGGAUUUGCGUUAGGUUAUUUGGUGGCGAAUUUGCUAGUGGUGGGUACGUUGUGGUUUUGUCUGGAGAGGGAAAAUAGGGUGAAGAAGAGGAGGGAGGAGAAUGGUGAGGUGGGGAGUGAGGUUAUUGAAAAUGAUGAGGAUGUUAGGUGGUUAUUUCAGACUUGAGCUGCGGGGGAGGGGGUCUAAGUAGAUUUCUUUUUAGUUUGUUGUAUAGAAAACUUUUUAUGUAUCGAUCUUGUUUUUCCGCUAUAUCUUUAUACCUUGGUACUCACAAGUAAUCUUACAAUUCAUAGAGACUUACAGAUAAGAUACUAUGAAGUCGAAAUACUAGAGGUAGAUAAAGCUAAUUAUGACCAAGGCCGGACAUUUG